AUGGCCAAUAGAUUAAAACAUGUAUUACCUGUGAUCAUUUCUUGUAAUCAAUCGGCUUUUAUCCCGGGCCGAUUAAUAUCUGACAACAUCCUUGCAGCCUAUGAAACUCCCCACACCAUGCAUUCUCGUAUGUAUGGGAGGGUAGGAUAUAUGGCGUUGAAGCUCGACAUGAGCAAAGCCUACGAUCGGGUGGAGUGGCUUUUUCUCGAAAAAGUCAUGAGGAAGAUGGGUUUUGAGAGUAGAUGGGUCAACCUUGUAAGGAAAUGUGUGACUAUUGUAUCAUAUUCUGUGAUUGUAAAUGGGACCCCUGUCGGGCUUUUUAAACCCUCUAGGGGGAUCAGACAAUGGGAUCCAUUAUCUCCAUACCUCUUUAUUCUAUGUGCGGAGGUAUUGAGCUCAAUACUUUCACUUGAAGAGUGGCUUGGACAUUUGAAGGGGGUCCCAACCUCAUUUAAAGGCUUGAGGAUAAACUACUUAUUUUUCGCUGACGACAGUCUUCUUUUUUGUAAGGCUACUGAACAAGAGUGGAACUGCUUAAAGGGGGUACUGGAGGCUUAUGAGGAAGCGUCGGGGCAGCGGCUAAAUAACGAUAAAACAUCGGUCUUUUUUAGCCGAAAUACAAGCCAAGAAACAAAAGAUAGAAUUCUGGAGGUUGUAGGAGUUCCUGAUUCACAAAGGUUUGAUACCUAUUUGGGGCUUUCGGCGUUGGUGGGUAAAUCUAGAACUCAGGAAUUUCAGAGUUUGCUAGAAAAGGUAAUGAAGAGGGUGGCGGAUUGGAAGACAAAAUUUCUUUCUCAGGCUGGAAAUGAGGUUCUAAUCAAAGCAGUGAUCCAAACAAUAGCAUCUUAUAGUAUGAGUAUUUUUUUGCUCCCAUCAGGUUUGUGUAAGGAGCUAAAUAAACUGAUGCAGAAAUUUUGGUGGGGUCACAAGGAGAACGACAAGAAGAUACAUUGGAUGAGUUGGGAGAGAAUGGGACGUGCAAAAAAUGUGGGAGGCUUGGGAUUCAGAGAUCUCAUUUGCUUUAACAAGGCUCUCUUAGCGAAGCAAUGUUGGCGCUUAUUGCAGUAUCCUUACAGCUUGGCAGCGAAGAUUAUCAAAGCUAAAUAUUACUCCACAAGGACGUUAUUGUUAGCAAAUUUGAGGAGUAAGCCAUCAUUCACUUGGAGGAGCUUGUUGGUUGGAAGGGAACUGCUUGAAGAAGGAUUAAUCUGGCGCAUAGGCAAUGGGACAUCUGUUCAGAUUAGGGGAGACAAAUGGAUUCCUUUGCCAAUCACUUACACCACUCAGACAUGUAAUUCACUCAUCGGGGAGAACGCAUUGGUAGCUGAAUUAAUGGAGGAAAAUCCGAGGCAAUGGAAUAGGCACUAUAUAGUCUAUAUUUUCCAGAGCUUUGGGGAGGAGGAAGCUACUGCGAUCUGUAACCUCCCACUGAGCAGACAUCACCACGACGACAAGAUGAUUUGGCGUGCGACAAAUUCAGGAGAGUUUUCGGUAAAAAGUGCGUAUCAUCUCGAGAAGGAAAGACUAGAUAGAUUGAAGGGAGAAUGUUCUACGGGGGUGAGAACGCAGGCAGUAUGGAAGAUGAUUUGGGGUUUGAAGGUUCCACAUUCAGCCCAAGUGUUUCUAUGGAGGGCUUGUAACAAAAUUCUGCCGACAAAAGAUAAUCUCAAGAAGCGGAAAGUGGUUGAGGAUGAUAUUUGUAUUUUCUGUUGCAGUGCUGUCGAAACUACCCACCAUAUACUUUGGGACUAUCCAUCAUCUCAGGAUGUCUGGUGUGUCAGCAAUAACAAGCUCCAAAAAUGCAGAUCGGGUGGUAAUAACUUUUGUGAGCUGGUGGAAUACCUGAUGGGGUCGGUAAAGAGAGAAGAGAUGGAGCUGUUCGCUAUGGUUGCUAAAAGAAUCUGGAAGCGACACAAUGAGGUGGUGCACGGGGAUGUUUUUUCACAUCCUAGCACAAUCGCAAGGCAGGCCAUAGAUCAGCUCCAGCUAUACCGUCAGGUAAAUGAGAGACAAGCGGAUGCUCAUGACCUUUCCUAG